AUGAUCAAGGCCAUUUUCUACAGUAAAUUUGAUACACAGUCAGAUGUUGCUACAGGGCGCAAAGUUGUUCACCAAGUCCCCGAUGGCUCUAUAGUCCCCUCCCCCACCGCUCCGUCAGGGAGUUCCCCGCUCUUCAAUUUCUCUGAUAUAUCCUUUUUCGUAAUUCCGAGACAGGAGCUCUGCGGCAAUCUCAUCCAGGUUUGCACAAAUGGCUACCGCAUCCUGGGGUCGCCGGUGUGCAUCAAGUCGCCUAACUAUGAUCGCAACGAAUUCAUCUUUAAUUUCUGCAUCGUGCUCGCCGAGGAGGAGGAGUGGGGGAGCUUUAAGAGUGUGGUUCAAAAGUUGGCCGAUCUGAUGUGCGAAUUGGAAGAGCAGUCGGGUUUCUUAUCAACGGACCAGUCGCAGGGCGAAGAAGGGAAGGUGCAUAGUUUGUGCGAAACGUUGAUGGAGGACUUGAACAAUUACUGCGAGUGCAUGAUCCCAAUUGCUUACUAUGCGUUUUCAGAUGCGUUAAAUACGCUAAACGUCAAGCUCUUUCCUUUAUACCCUUCUCCACCCCCGGUCAAAUCGUGGCAAGUCCCUUUAUUCACAGUUAGAUAUGAAGCGUUUAUGGACGAAAACUGGGAUCUCACCAUGCAAAGGAUAGUACCUUUUAUCAAUGGAAUCAACAGUGUCCGCGCCAUAUCCGUCCUUGCAGAUGCUGACUAUUCAUUGACCUGCCGUGCAAUCCGUCACCUUGUCUAUUAUGGAUGCGUCUUUCUUCUUGAUAUAUUUUCUUUCUCGGCAAUAUACGCCCAAACGGCACAGUUUGGCUACACCAUUGCUUCAGACGAGGAAAUGCAGCGCGAAUGCGCGCGUUACGUGAACACUCGCUUUUCUCCAACCCUCGCCCGUCCUAAAACAAACGAGUCUAGGCGUUUUGGCUCCAAAGCGGGAAGUCGAAGUGACAUACCCCGACGUGAGAUGCAAACCCCGAUAGAGCAAGAUGAUAUCUGGCCAAAGAUGGGCAAGGAUGACAAAAGGACUUACGGCCGCUCAAAUCAUCAAGCUCAAAUAGUCGAUGGCGUUGGAAUCGUUGAGCUAUACGCCAGUCUAAAGCAUGGCCAAAGUGUCAAACAAUGGUGCCUGGAACACAUGAGAGAACUGGCCAACAUUGAUGUCCGGCGUUUCAUUACCUUUGGGGUCAUAAAAGGGUUCUUAUACCGUGUUCACAAAUACCCGUUCGCAACAGGACAACCGGCUCAAGCAGCAACUACAAUAGCCACCACGGUCACCAGCACCACUAACAACGGCACACAGCAAAUAUCUUUCCUCCCUGGCUCACCUUCAUACACUCGUAAUCGCCUGGGCUCGACUGCGAGCGGCAUAGAAACGAUCAGUUCCUCACAUUCCCGCCGCCGGAAAAGCGCACCUUUGAUCGGUCCUGUAGAACCAUAUCCACACUCCGCUUACCAUUCUGGCGAUGAGGAUGAGGAUGAGGAUGGCGACGAAGAUGGCGCAGGUAUUGAAGAUAAGAUCCUGACUAAAUUCCUAGACGGGAUGCAUUGCUUCGAUGAAAUCUGCACAGAAUUGGAAAUCAGCGAGAAGGAGCUUACUGCAAGGUUAAAGCGGUAUCCGAGAGAGGUAUUGAUCAUUCAACGGUGA